AUGACGUCGAUCACGGGUCACCCAGCUGGUGGUGAGGGCAUCGGCUACUCCUUCUCCCAGCCAACAGCUGCCCCCGUCAAGCAGCAUGGCUUUUACCCAUACACCGACAACGGCGGUUCCACCCUAGGCAUCACAGGUUCUGAUUUCGCAAUCCUGGCCGGCGACACCCGUUCUACAUCCGGUUACAAUAUCAACUCUCGAAUGGUCCCCAAGGUCUUUAAGAUCGGCGGUGAUGAUGAGACUGGCGAGGGUGCUCAGAUUGUCCUCUCUGUCGUUGGUUUUGCGGCAGACGGCGACGCCUUGAAGGAACGAUUGGACGCCGUGGUGAAGAUGUACAAGUACCAACAUGGAAAGCCCAUGUCUGUCUCAGCCUGUGCACAGCGACUCUCAACAAUCCUAUAUGGGAAGCGUUUCUUCCCUUACUACGUUCACGCAAUCUUGGCUGGCCUGGACGAGGAAGGCAAGGGUGCUUUGUACAGCUAUGAUCCCGUGGGCUCAUACGAGCGGGAGCAAUGCCGUGCUGCUGGUGCCGCAGCUAGUCUGAUCAUGCCUUUCCUUGAUAACCAGGUCAACUUCAAGAAUCAAUACAUCCCCGGCAGUGGCGAGGGUCACGCACUGGAGGCCAAGAAGGCUGAGCCCUUGCCUCAAGCCCAUGUUGAGCAGCUGGUACGAGAUGCAUUUACAAGUGCAGUCGAGCGGCAUAUUGAGGUCGGUGAUAAUCUGCAAAUGAUGAUCAUCACUCGGGAAGGAAUUAAGGAAGUCUUCCACCCAUUGAAGAAGGAUUAG